UCAGUACGAAAGUUGAUUUCGGCCGACCCGGUUCCCGGCCUCCGUCGAUCUCGGCUCCCGAAUCCCGAAUCCGUUUCCCCCGAUCGAUCCCCGAGUUCCGACUCGGUUCCUGUUCCUCCCGGGGUUCCGCCCCUUCCGCCUUCCGCCCCCGCGUUGUGCGUCGCGCCCUCGCGCCCUCGCACUUUCGCAGCUUUCCGGUGUGCUUUCCCCGUCGCGUGCGUCGACAGUCGGACCUCCGGAUUUAGUGCUACCUGCGACCGAACCGCGGAUGCUCCCGUUCGGGUCCGCGCUGUUCCGAUUGCGUCACGAGUCCAGCUCGGCUGUUCCGGUCGCCGAUCUGGUGUGAUUCCGCCGAGUUCCUCCCUGGUGAACACUCGCAUCCCGCGCUUUACAUCCGUGUGAAUACGUUCUUGCGAAAAGUUCUUGAAAAGUUGUUUUCGCCGCGUUAUUUGACAACAUCGCAUUUCUUUUCAGUGGUGAACACUCGCAUCCCGCGCUUUACAUCCGUGUGAAUCGAUCGAGCCUUCUUCACCGUCGAACUAUUCGCGCGUUUACCCAGUGCGAACGAACCGAAGUGCCAAUCGCCUCCAAGUGUGAACUGUCCGUGGAUCCGCCGAUCGAGGUGCGAACCGUGUUCGGUUUGAUUGCGAACCGUGUUCGGUUUGAUUGCGAACCGUGUUCGGUUUGAUUGCGAACCGAGUGUUCUCGGAACGAGCCGAAAGUGCGCCCCCGUUGAUCGGUUGAGCAGAUGAUCUGAGGACUCCGUCGGCUGGAAAUCAGUGCGAUGAAGCCCCUGAACGAGAACGUGGACUCGCGGUUGAGCGUGCACAAGUUCAUCCUGAGCGAGCAGCAGAACACGAACCUGGCCAAGAAGCCGCCGGCCCCGGAGCGGGCCAGGAACGGAGCCCCCCGCCCGGGGGACGCCGCCCCCCUGGCCGCCCUCCCCCCGGCCGGCAAGCCCAAGAAAAGCGGGAAAUUCGACGUGGACAACCGCGAGAACAUCCACAACAGCACCCUCAAGGGAUGCCUCGGCGGCGACAAGAAGAAAUUCGUGAAGAAAGGAAAAACUUUUUGCGCCAACUGCAAGAAGAAAUGCUCUGGAGAAGUUCUGCGGGUCCAAGACAAAUAUUUUCACAUAGCCUGUUUUAAUUGUAAAAUAUGCAAAUGUUCGUUAGCUCAAGGAGGGUUCUUUGACAAAGAUGGAGUGUAUUUUUGUACGGAGGACUACCAAAAACAGUUUGGUACCAAGUGUGCCAUUUGCAAUGACUAUGUAGAAGGAGAAGUAGUUUCAGCGUUAGGAAAAACUUAUCAUCAAAGGUGUUUUACUUGUGCCCGUUGCAGACAAGCAUUUCCAAGUGGUGAAAGGGUGACGUAUACCGGCAAAGAAGUAUUGUGUGCAAAAUGUGUUCAAAUUCCUGUUAGAGAAACACAAUCUUUACAGUCUAGUCCAGUUAGUUCAAAUGGCACAGCACCAGGAUCAGAGUGUGCGGGAUGCCAUGAAGAUUUGAAAGGGCCAGCAUUAGUUGCUCUAGGGCAUGCUUGGCAUAUGUGGUGCUUUAAGUGUCGGACAUGUGGAGUUGUCCUUCAUGGUGAAUAUAUGGGCAAAGAUGGGGUUCCUUACUGUGAAAAAGAUUAUCAAAAACAAUUUGGAGUCAAAUGUGCUUAUUGUAACCGCUACAUUUCAGGGAAGGUCCUACAGGCUGGUGACAAUCAUCAUUUUCAUCCAACAUGCGCCAGAUGUACCAAGUGCGGAGAUCCUUUCGGAGAUGGUGAAGAAAUGUACCUUCAAGGCGGUGCUAUUUGGCAUCCACGUUGCGGACCCGGUCCCUCUGAGAAUGGAGCGAUAAUCAAUGGCGGAUCAUCCACCCAUCUAAACGGCCAUUACACAGACACAGACACAGCUGACACUGGUCGUGACUUUGAUCGCUUGAGCAGCUCUGCGGCCAGUGAAAUGCAGUUCUCUCUUCGCUCACGCACGCCAUCUCUAAAUGGUUCACUUUAUAGUCCUUACUGUAGUUUAAGCCGAAAGUUCCAUCCUCGAGCUGGGAGUCCAGGUUUAUUGCUUAGAGAAUAUAAAACACCACAAUAUGCAGAAGAUAUCAGUCGCAUUUACACGUAUAGUUAUUUGACUGAAGAACCAGCGCAAGGUUACUUACGGCGACCAAUCGAGCCCUAUGAUAAGCCACCCACAUCACCACACUUCCAUCGGCCAGCAUCGGCUCAUUCAAUGAGAGGCAGUAGGUCAUCAACCUUAAAAUCGGCAACAAGUAGAUCGGGAAUGAAAGCUUUAGUUGAAAGUAUUCGGAGUGAGACACCGCGACCACGAUCACCUCACAUGAACAAUGAAGAGCCUAUUGGAUUAGCACAUUUCCCCGCUGCCAAACCACCAAAACCUGAUGAAAAACCAAAAAUUGAACGUGACGAUUUCCCAGCACCUCCUUAUCCUUACACAGAUCCAGAACGAAGGCGGCGAUGGUCCGACAGCUACAAAGGUGUGCCAGUUUCUGAUGAUGAAGAAGGAGAUACAGUCGAUAAGUCAGUACAAAAUCAUGUGGAUACCUCUAAGAAAGAAGAGGAAGAAUUAAUCAAUAAAGUAGGAACAGGCAUUGGUAAAGUGUUUCUUCAACAAGUCAGGGAACGGGAAAAACUACGGCAAUGGAGACAGAGCCAUCUCGAUCCCCGGAAAGCAUCACGCUGUCCAUCAGCAGCCAAAGAACCAGCUUAUCGUUUAAGAUUCCAAUCGCCUAUUAAUGCCUCACCCUCACGAAAUUUAGAUCAUCCUAGACCCUGGGAGGAAGAGGAAUUGUUAGAUCGGAGCUCAAGCUAUAGGUCAUCUGUAGGUCGCUCAACUGGUGCUAUUCCAAAUUAUAAUGUGGUUUCUGCUUUACGAAGUGCACCGAAACCUGGGUAUACGCUAGCGCCUAGAUCGCAUACGUUUAGCUCAACAGUUGGCAGUACCACUGCUGCGGACUUUUCUCUAAGUGGUCUGGGCGAGAAAACCCAUAGCACCGAUUUCAGUAGUGGAAAAUCGGACAUUUCUGCUGGCUCAAUGUCCGAAGUGGAUCGAGGUUUAAUGAAUAAUGAGUUGCCAGUAUCAAUGACCUAUGCAGGAUCUCUUCGUUACGCUGCAUCAUACAGUCCACAUAUGCGAAGAUCGUUACCGAAUAUGAUAGCUCCGUCUCACUCUCACUCGGAACCACCCAAAAUCUAUCCCUACCAUCUCCUUCUCAUCACCAAUUACCGUCUCCCAGCCGAUGUUGAUAGGUGCAAUCUUGAACGGCAUCUCUCAGAAUCAGAAUUUGAAACUCUAUUUCAAUGCACACGGACAGAAUUUUACAGACUCCCGCAGUGGCGACGCAAUGAGCUCAAAAGAAGAGCACGUCUUUUCUAAGUGUCACCUUGUCAAAAUUGUUCUUACACCUACUUCGCCUCGUAACUUAUUCUAUAAAUUAUCUCAACGCUAUAUUUUCUUAGUUCUUAUAGUCAUUCGCUAAGAAAUUAGUUGUAGAGUGAAGUCUUCAGAAGUCAGCCAAAAUUUGAAAACCAGGCAGUAUGGUCACCUAUUAGAUCAAGAUGUCCCUCAAUCAGCAAAGUUUAAUAUUUCCAAAAUAUCUUUAUUGUCAAAAAAAGGGAGUCCACAUUCUUGAGGUGAAACAUUAAACAUCAGUUUACAUCAGAUGUUCCCUGUACUUUUAAAAAAUGGAAAAAACACAAUAAAAAAUUGCCCAGUAUUGAAUCGUAUUCAAAUCUGGAAAUUAAGAUCAACUCGAUAAAUUUCAUCCAUUGUAACACUCAAGUGAUCUCAUUUCCUAGACGAGAAUGUAUCUAUUCCACAUUUUUUCGAUUCUUUUCAAAUUUUGGUCUAAAAAUUCUAAGAUUUUACUUCAUAACUGCAGCUGUUAGUGCUACGUUAAUUUUUUUUUUUUAAAAAUUUGACGGUUUCUAUUUUGAUUUUUACCAUUUUUUCGAAUUCUUUGUAGUUAUCGUUCAAACACAUAGGAAUGAAUCGUAUAUGAGUAUGCAAAGAAAUGAUUCCUAAGAGGUAUCGUGAGUUCCUAGUUAUUUUUUUAUUGCUUCAAGCAGGUUACUUUAGUUUUGCCAAACAAUUUGUAUCUUUACUGUAAAGUAUUUGCUAUUUUAUUAUUGUUCGCAUACUCACUUCUCGUGCUGUAAGAAUGCGUAGAUUACCUCACCUCGCCAUACCAAAGAAGCUCACAGGUCAAUCCUUUCCCUUUCUCAAACUGAAGGUGUUGUUUGAAGUGGAAGGAGGUGAAAAGAAACUUAAAACCUCAAAAAAAGAAAAAAAAAAACAGUCUAGAACAAUUUAAAAGAAAGUUCAGUUGAUUAUCCUUUCUACUUUCUAGAAGAGUUUCCAUUUUACUAUGUGCUCUAGUUUGAUCCUGCAAGUGGUUCGUCAUGUUUUUUUAUGUGGUAUCGUUUUGGAAGGUUGAUUUUGAGUUUAUAUCAUAUGCAUUGUAACCAAUUUCAGGGGUCUUCAGGGCCAGUUAAUGAGGCCAAACAUUUUACCAAAAAAUGCCAAGGAAUUCAAUGAAAAAGACAAGGAUUUUUUUAUUUUUUCUCAGCUGUUCCUGUUUUUAGGAUCUUACAUGUUUUAACAUUAUCAAUUGGAGCAAAGUUAGGAAAAUUAUAACUAAAGAAAAACUUUGAGGUCAACAGCAAUUACAGCUCCCUUUAAUAUGCUUAUCGAUAGACCAUCGAUAGAAAAAGUCCAGGAAUUAUUGCCAUUUUGAUAUAACCAAUGGAACUAAGUCAGAGAAUUUUUUUCCUUCAAGUCUGUAAGACACCCUGAAUACCUCUUUCCAUACAGUUUGUAAUAAUUCUGGGAAAAUACAAUAGGUACUUUAUAUUGAUUUGUAAUUUUUUCUUUUCAGUUCCAAACGUAAUAUCUU